AUGUUCGAGAUGUCUCUCGACGAUCAGACUCCUCGCCCCGAUCAGACGCCUCUAAUCGCCAUCAAGAUCGAACACUACACCGACAUCCUCGGCCAGGCCUACAAUGCGGACUACAAGGUCGAACAGUUGAAGGAGUUCGAGAAGGCUAACUCGAUCGAUGUGGCAGAGAUGGAGAUGACUGUCAGGGGCAGAGAUGCCGCUUUCUUGGAAGAACUACGCCAACGCUUCCCACCCAUGAAGCCGGAGGAGGAGGCUUGGGUCCGAUACUAG